UGCUCGUGUCAAGAAGUUCGAAGCAAACGAAACUGCAACCAAUUAAUCUUCAGAAUUCCUGCAAAAAAUUCAGUUAAAAUACAAUUGCAAAUACUGCAAUGAGUGACAAACUGGAAGAGCCCCUGCAGAAGUAUUAUACGAAUUAUGUUAAAAAGGAGCCAGGCGAAGCAGAAAAGAAAAACACUUUACAGUCGAUACUGAAAAAGCUUCUUGAAUUUAUUCACAGUAAGGACGACUUGUUUGAGAAUUACUUUAUCCAGGUGGGGAGUAUUGCAGAUAAAACCAAAACAGAGGCUGUCGAUGAACUUGAUAUACUCGUUCCCUUGCGGAAAGAUAAACUUCGGGUUAUUCCAGAUGACAAGAAUUUGGAAAAUUUUUCAGUUGACGAGUGGGUUGAUGGAGGUUGGAGAUGUUUUUCUCAUGAUGAAACUAUCUCGGAAUUGUUUGGUCUGGUAACUGAAUACAAAGACGAGCAUUACAAGGAUGACCCUUUCUUUAAAGUUAGGAAAAGGAAGACUACGGCUGCAGCUUUGUGUCUGAUGAUCGACUGGAUAAAGAUUGAUUUGGUGCUGUGCAUUGAAAAUACCCUUCAAUUCUCUAGUGAGGAAUGGCCUUUUCCAAAAUGGCUGAAUGGCCAAUCCAAAUGGCUGAGCCAUCAACAACAAGAAAAAGUCAGACGCAUGGGGAUAGAUAUGACAUGUCAUGGGAUACAAUGGAGGCCUUCCUUCUCAAAGAUCGAUGCAUUUUUAUUUGGUGAAGUUGAUGGGAAAGGUGGCUAUCGAAAAAAAGCCUUCAAAAUCCUUAAAUCUCUCAAUGGCUACUAUUGGACAGUGGAUCAACUAUGUGAAGGCUAUCGAGGAAAGAGCCGGCCUUUUCUUGGGUCCUUCAUGAUGAAGAUUCCAUGCAUUCCAACACUAUGGAAUACAAUAAAUAAAAAGACAAACAAUGCAGACUUCAAUUAACGUGCAGCCAAGAAGAUACACUCAUUUUCAUCUCAAUCUCUCCCAAUGAUUGUUUCAAUCAGUUUAUUACUAUAAACAGUGACCUUCUCAAGGGCAAUUAGGGAUGGGCGAAUCUGAAGAGCAGGACAACACAACAAUAACUAGAUGGGAGAUCUGCUCCCUGGCCUAAGUGUUAAAUAACACUGCAUUAGUAUCCUUGAGAGACUGUUAACAAAAGAAUGUAACCCAGCUAAUUGCAAACAUGAAAGUACAUAACCAGAAAGUUUGAAUACAAAGAAUUCAGAUAAAUAGCUAUACUUUUUACGUAUAGGAUCAUUUGAAUUGUUUUGUCUUUUAAAACAAUUAUUGCGAUAGAUAAGGAAGUUUCUGCUUUAUUUCAUGUAAUUUCAAAAUCACUAAAGGUAAAAUGGAAUCCAUCUUCCCUCACCAAAUUUCAAAAUGGAGGACAUGUUUUCCACAGGAACAAGACAAGGUUUAUUGAUUUGGUAAUUAGUAAUGAUAAAGAUUCUAGGUCCAUAUUAAAUUUUGCAUUGUCAAAAGUUUAACAGUUAGAUGGGACUUGGAUGGUGCACAGCAAAUUGUUAACUAUGAUUCCAUGCAACAAUCCCAAUGCAGUUUGCCAUUUGACAUUUGAUAAUCAUGACCACUGUCUUCAGAAAACUUUGGGACAAUUAAGAAUUGCAGGAUUCUCCUUUAGUUUUCUAGCAGGAAAUUGGGGCUGAGAUUCAAAGCCCCUCCACUUACACAGAGGUAAAAAAAAGACCACGGAAACUUUCCUCAUCUGUAUGCAGCUUCACUUCUUGUAGAUCUUCCAAGUGACAAACCUGUGUUUCAUCCAAAAUUCCUGUUGCCUUUCAACCUUAUAUGAAGCAGAAUUGUAUUUUAAAAUGGGUAUUUUAAUCCCUUUGAACGGAUUCUAUUUUUAUUGUGCUGUUUUAUCAAUUAGCUGUAUCUUUCUGCUUCUGUACUAUUUA